AGAGUGUGAAGUAGGAUAUUAUCAGAUUACAACGGGAAAGAAGUGUGAACCAUGCCUUCAAACCUGUACGGAAAAAAAUGUGCUUCUGUUUGCAAGUGUAAAGAAAAUGAAAGAUGUGACAGUAUAAAUGGGACCUGUAUUCCAUUGACCUCAACAAUUGGAACAUUCAGUGAACCUUCGACUGUUAUGCAGUACCAAAAUCAGUCAACAGGAGAAAACGAGAGAUUUGGUGCAAACCAGACAAUAUCUAUAGCAACUACAACCUAUGCAAUACUUAUCUACAUGAUCUUCGCCGGUCUCAUCAUAAUGGUGUUAUGCACAGUUACUGCAGUUUAUAAAUACCAAUAUAAGCAAAAGAAUAUAGCACAAAGUUUUUCAAAACAUGGGGCAAUAGAUUCUACUCCUCCGCCAAUUAUUGCACGAUCAAUGCAGCCUAGUGUGUUUAUUGAAGUAGACAACAGUGGAGGCGCAUAUGAAUUAAUUGAUGACAACAACGUUCUUAACCUCGGAAAUUAAAAGAAAUCCACUGUCAUAAUGCAAUUGUAUACUAACACAAUGACAUGGCAUGAAAAAGAAAUGGACUAAACUAAACGGCAAAGAUUUUAUGCAUACAAUUGUUGCUACGUGCACCUACCUUAGAUGUGCAAAAACAAUACAGAUGAAUAGAUUCUUUCAUUAAUUGUACGCAUUUUAACUUGUAUAUAUGUACAUUUUGUAUUUGAAAUUGAUGAAUAGAUUAACGAUGAUCAACGUAAAAGAUGAUGGAUUGGAAUUGUGCAGUGUUGAUUGCUUGUGGCUGACAUUUUGUUUUCUACAGUAAUGCCAGUAUUUGUUUAUUCACUUUUUUUUUUUUUUUUUAAAUUAGUAUUAUUUAGUGUUGUGACAAAUUCCAUAUGGUCAUACAUGUAAUUGUUGAUUUUGUUUGUUUGUUUGUUGUCUUUAUGACAAAUUCCGACCAUUUCUUACUACCAUAUCAACAAUAUUAAAAAAAAAACAAUCAGCAAUGUUAUAGAUAAGUUUGGAAUUACAAUGCUACACUCACGGAAAAAAAAACAUAAGGCUAAAGUUUUGUGAAACGAUACUGAUUUAAUUUAUUAUAGGAACACGAUAAAAUCGAACCGUAUAUAAAGACAAACAUUUCUUGAAACUUAUGACUUUGGUCGGUUGUUGUCUUUUCUUCUUCAUCGGGAUUAUCAAUAAUCACUAUACACAGAUUUUCUCACAUGUCAUUUUAGUUUCUCUUAUUAAAGUUUAAAAUGAUUUGCUUUUAAUAUAACAUAUUCUGUUAUAUAAGUAUAUCCAACAUUUCAUUUUAAAAGAUAGCAAAUGUUCAAAUAAUCGAAAAGAUGCAUGCACAUAUCGAUGUUUUCUUUUUAUAAAAGAUUAAGCAUUGCAAUUUAUCACAAAAUAAUCUUGCGAGAAAAAAAUUUUGCACGCUAUGAAAACCAUUGUCUGUAUAUUUAUAAAACUUCUUACCGUGUUUAAAGCUCAUUUUCUCCCUCUAGAUUGUUGAUUUUGCGGACUGAUCAAACUUUGAAUCAUGCACCCACAGGGUCAAGUCCAGCGAUAAGAUAUUACUUUAUUUGGAUUCUUUAACUUUUUUAAUGAAUCGAGCGUCACCGAUGAGUCUUUUGUAGACUUCUGGCGUACAAAACUUUUAUCCUGGGAUCUAUGAUGAUUUAAUUGUCUUGGAUAUACGCUACAUGUAGAAAAACAGUGUUGUAUCUGUAAACGUCAUUGAAACAGCAUCAAAACGAAAUAAUUAACAAAAAAACACAACAACUAAAUAAAUACAAAUACAAGGUGUUCUUUUUGAGAUACUGGUAACUAAUGAUGUGUUUUGUGGUAAAUCCAACUGCAUUGCAUAUGUAUAUUGUGAGCUUUGUGUCUAUCCUUUAUUAGUUUAUAUGAUAAUGCGGAUGGUAAACUAUUGGUCUAUAAUUAUUCAUGACAAGAAAAAUGUAUCAAACAUCUUGUAUCAGUUUGAAAAAGAAAUACAGAAUAAUUCAUGUCUGAAAAGGUUAGUUUCCUGAAAAUUUUGGUUGUCACAUACUCACUUAGCAUUAAGCGGCUUAGUGUUUGUGUAAAACAAAAUGUAUAUGACCAAUUUCAACCUAAGUGUCGCUCAGACCAUGUUAAUCGUCAUAAGGCUUGUCAUACAGAUUAUGUAAAAAUAUUCAAAUAUAUAACUAGAUAGAGAGUGCUAUGAAUAAUAGAUCUGGUUACAUGUAACACAUAUUACAAAUUAUAACUUGUGCAUGAAUGGGUUUUAAUAGGCAAAGUUGAAAUAUCAAGAUUAAGGGUACGGCUUUUCUUUCCUUUUGCAUUAUUUAGAUCUCUAGACGAUUCCCGAAAGUACAUUUUUGACAAAUUUUCUAUGAACAAAGUUAAUGCACCUAUAUUUGUAAAUUAUUACAAACGAAACACUUCAGUAAGUUAAAAACAUAUUCAUUUAUGAACUUUUCAUGAACAUUUAUAGCAGGUCUCCCUUAUUACGUAGCCGUUGGCUGACCUUUUCCUACCCGUUUUUUUGUUUGUUUUUGUAAUGACCUACACUACAAGUCAUAUAUUGUAACAUUAUAUUAUUGACAAGAAUUCCAUGUAUUAUUUAUUAUUUAUCUAAUGUUUAAUACUUUUAUUCUUUGUAUCAAUAUUCAUACAAUGUAUUAAAGAAUAAACUUGUUUCAUUUUUAA